UUAGUUGGACUUCAGCUGGAAAACAGCCUCCUAGUAGCUUCGGGAGAGGCAGCUCACCUUUUGGAUUCCCAGGGAGUUCAACUUCCAGAAAGACGUUCAGGACAGGGUCCCUGUCGGUAAAAGGAGGCGGGGUAGCGUCCACCUCCACCCGCUGUUUAAAAACAGAUCCUCUACAAUUACUGUGUGUUUUACCGUCUAAAAAUCACCGUUUAGUGUUGGUAUUUAGCCGAGAGGAGCUAACUGGUGGCCGUCUCAGCGCUGUAUGUGCGGUAACAACAUGUCAGCGCCUUUACCUGCCAUCGUGCCUGCUGCCCGGAAAGCCACUGCGGCGGUGAUUUUUCUGCAUGGCCUUGGUGAUACUGGGCAUGGCUGGGCAGAGGCUUUUGCAGGCAUCAGAAUACCUCAUGUGAAAUACAUCUGCCCUCAUGCCCCCACAAUACCUGUUUCUCUGAACAUGAGGAUGUCCAUGCCUUCAUGGUUUGAUAUCCACGGGCUGAGUCCAGAGGCAGAUGAAGAUGAGGCCGGUAUCAAGAGAGCGUCAGAGAACAUUAAAGCUUUGAUAGAUCAAGAGGUGAAGAACGGGAUACCGUCACACAGAAUCAUGCUGGGGGGGUUUUCGCAGGGCGGAGCUUUGUCUCUGUACACGGCUCUGACAACUCAGCAGAAGCUCGCCGGUGUGGUCGCUCUGAGCUGCUGGCUUCCCCUCCGUAAAUCCUUCCCUCAGGCGGCUGCCAGCGGCGCUAACAAGGACAUGCAUGUCCUGCAGUGCCACGGGGAUGCCGACCCCCUCGUCCCGUUCAUCUUCGGCGUGCAGACGGCGGAGAAGAUGAAGAGCCUCAUCAACCCGGCCAACAUCACCUUUAAAUCGUACCGGGGCCUACCUCACAGUGCCUGCCCGGAGGAAAUGAUCGACGUCAAGCGGUUCAUAGAGAAGCAGCUUCCCGCCAUCAGGGACGAGUGAACACAGCGCCCCCCCACCCUUCUCUGCUCGUCUACUCAGAACGCUCCCAGGCCCUUUGGCCUCGACUCCUCCGUGAGAUUUGGUGGACUUAACGACCACGGACUCCACCUGACAGUAAAUCUGCGCUGCUGCUCCAGAGACCUGGGGCCCCACUGUGACAAUGCUGCAUCUGCUCUGGAGCCACAAACUCAAACCCGGUGUUACAGUAGAGGAACGUUAGCUGCUUGGUUGUAAAAGCAUGUCGCCGCAGAGACGAGCCGUUUUUGCACGAACCGUAUGUAUUAUUAAAAACUAGGGCUAAACUUUUUGAAUUCAGUACUCACAUACUUACAAUAAAUGGCCUCUUUUAAACAAAAUAAAGCUUUUUAUAGUUCAACUUAAUUUAUUUUUGAGCGACACAUCCCUUUUAAUUAUGGGAGUUUCUUUAGCUGAAUUGCCUUGUUUCUAGAGAUGCACCGAUUCUUGGGUGAAACUGAGGUCCGACGUGCCGAUUUUGAAAUUUUCUUUUUUGUUUCAAAUGGGGAAGAAAAUGCAUUUCAUGUUCCUUAACAGAGGGAGUCUUUGUUAUGACAGGGUUCCUUCAUUUUAUUCUCCGUCAGACAUAUGGAAUUAGAUUUUUGUCAUUUUCAACACAGCAUGGGCAUUUCAAAAUUUCACUUUUUCCUAACUUUACUCCUUAUUCCAUCCAUUACCUGAAACGUAAAUGAUAAACAAUAUACAAGGAUUAUUUAGAUUCUUUUUUCCAUUCAGUUUAUGCCUUUUUUUUCUCUUUUCUGUUUUAAAACUGUGCAACGCUUAUUUAUUUUUGGUAGUGACCAAUAACCUACUGGUAAAUGAUUACUCAAUACAAAAUAAAAAAAGGUUCGGUUAUCGCUUCUAUACUUCUUAGAUCAUAGUUUUAAGCAGGACACAUAUUUAUUAACACAACAAUUAGCUUUGAGAACCAGAUUUUUUUUUUACAGACAAAUCCAUCUGUUGUUUCAGAAGUAUAAUUAUUAUACAUUUUGAAUUAGAACUGAUUUAUUUGGGGAAGAUAUCAUAGAAAACAGUUUAGUACUCCAGUAAGUCCCUGUGGGCAACUUUAACAUUCAGUCGUUUCAUGAUUUAGGAAACAAUAAAAAAGCAGCUUAAAUGUUCUUAAGUCAAGUGUCAAGUAUGAUGUAAAAACUGGUGAAAUAGAAAGAAAUUUGAAGUAUGGAAAAUAUAGGAAUCCUCUUAUAAGAUCAUCCCUGUUUUUGCAAUAAAAUACACAAAUAACCUCGGAUUUUUAUUUAUUUAUUUCUAAAAAGGCAUCAGAGUAAAUGCUUUUCUUAAUAGACCAAGGAAGAAGAAGAAGUAGCUCUUGGCUUCAAUGCAUUACUGGCCAAUCAAGGAGGGAAAUAAGCUGAUUGAUUGGUGCAUCUCAGCUAGUUUUAGUUGCUCCCAACUUCUGCAUUUUGAAUGUUUGCUCACAUUGUCAUAUUCCCAAUAUAGUGUAGCUUUAGUAAGUAUUUAAGGCCGUGAGCCUGGCAUACAAUGUUGCUCAUCACUGGGGAGAUUAUGGACCUUUAGUGAUCUAAUUGAACUGAUCUUUCAUUAAAGUGGAAAUGUAAAC